AGAACGAUGGUGUUAUCGGUAGCAAGAAGUUCAACGUCGCAUAUAUUUUUUUGACAGGUUUUAUCGAAGGGGCAGAAAAAGCGGGCAGUGAGAAGGAGGGGAAUCAGCCAGAACCUGUUCUUUCAUUCACUCAGUUACAUAACAUUAUGAAGCGACAAACAAAACAGCAUUUGCUGUACACAUUUUGAGAUGGUAUGGUUGUUUCUCCUCGUCGCAGGAGUGUUCCUGUUUGUGGUCUUCAUUCGAACCAAGAAAAAAAGGAUGAACCCCUCUGGUGUGUGCGUCUUCGUCAGCGGGUGCGACACAGGCAUCGGACACGAAGUGGCCAUAGACCUGGACAGCAUCGGAUGCACGGUGUUUGCCGGCUGCUUGCAACCCGAAUCGUCUCGUCUCUCACUGCCCGCGUCCGUUCACGUGGUGCCCUUGGACAUCACAGAUGAGGGAAGUGUAUCCCGGGCAAUAGAAGACGUCGAAAGACAUUUGCAAAAAAAGGGAAAAGAACUGUGGGCUCUUAUCAACAAUGCCGGUGUCUGUGUGUACGGCGAAUUCGAAUGGCAGACGUGGAAUCAAUGCCAGAAGCAAGUCGAAGUGAAUCUUCUGGGAACUAUGCGCCUCACGAAAGCCUUUUUGCCGCUGCUCAGGAAAAGUAAAGGUAGAGUCAUAACCAUCACCAGCAUCAAUGGUUCCAUAGCCUAUCCUGGACUCAGCGUGUACAGUGCCACUAAAUUUGCUUUGGAGGGACUGAACAAUGCACUGAGGUUAGAACUUCGUAGGCAUCACGGUAUUCGGGUAAUCGUCGUGCAACCAGGCGACUUAGCAAGACUCACGAGCAUUAUGUCCCGACACCAAGCAAAUGCUCAAGAAAUGUGGGAUGCUAUGUCCGAAGAAGAUAGGCAACGCUAUGGUUCCUUUUUCCACAAGUACCAUAAUAUAACUCUCAAGAACUAUGGCCUAACGAGCCCAGAUUCCUUUGAGCACUCUCCCAUACUGGGAGAUCUAAAGGAUGCGAUCUUAAAUGAAAGCCCAGCGGACCGGUAUAUUUCAGCAACGCUUUUGCACAGGCUUUGUUAUUUCUUGCUUGGAGUCAUGCCAGCCAAGUUAAGAGAUGCCAUUUUGGACAAGGUGACAGACAUGCUGUUCAGUACGGAUAUAAAUAAAGACGAUGAGUGUAAAACCUACGAUGAAAAGUAAAUAAAAUAAAAUUAUUGCACACCUAAAAA